GACAAUCUUGCUAUGAUGUAGCCAGAGGCUAACAAAAAUGCCUGAUUCUUCUGCCUCAACUUCCCAAGUGCUAAGAUUACAGAUAUGUGCCUCCGUAACCUGCUCAAUAAGUACUUAUUAAAUAACAAGUUUGCAGCAGGCCAGGUGUUCUGUCUAGUCUCUCUGUUCUGCACUAAAAAUAGAGGGGCUGUUUAAGCCAUCUAGGGGGCCACAGGCCUGACAUGAAAUCCUCGUGCCACCUCUUCCUUGCCAAGUAACCUGGAGCAGAAAUCCAGGAUGGCUACUGUGAUCUUUGUUGGCAAGGAAAAUGGGCAAACAGGCAUCGAUAUGGCUCUUAAGGAGGGGCUGAAGCUGGGAUUCAGACCUGUCAAAGCCUUGGAUGGGAGAACUCAAGUUUUAACACCACACAUUGAGAAGGUCUUUAAUGCUCCAUCGGCCUUACCUAAAACUUCCAGGAAGAUUUUGGGAACAGUUAACAGAGCUACAGAGAAGCCAGUGAAGACUAAUGGACUGCUCAAACAAAAGCACCUAAGCUUUACUGGCAAAAACAUUACUGAGACGACUAUGAAAGCAUCAACCUCCGUUUCUGCCUCCAAUGUCUACCCAGAAAUAGAAAAAUUCUUCCCCUUCAACCUUCUAGAUUUUGAGAGUUUUGAUCUGCCUGAAGAACACCAGAUCCCACACCUCCCCCUGAGCGGAAUACCCCUCAUGGUCCUGGACGAGGAGUGGGGACUUGAGACACUGUUGGAGCUGGGUCCCCCUUUGCUGAUGAAGAAGCCUUGUCCUAUGUGGGAAUCUGAUCUGUUGCAGUCUCCCUCGAGCUUUCUCUCCUCCCUGGACAUCAAGUUGUCUCCUGUAUGUUAUGACCUGGAUAUUUAAAGUUCUUACUCCAUUAUGGUUUAUGUGUUUGUAUUAA